UGGCAGCCGCCGCCGCUGCUGAAUCCACUGAUCCCGAAACAUCUUUGGCCACCACGAAGCCAUCGCUGGGAAGAAGAUGAUGUCGGUUUCGAGGAGGAUAUUCUGAAAAAUCCGUUUUCGCUGCGAAGCUGGCUGCGAUACAUUGAGCACAAGAAGAAGUGCAAAUCUCCGCUGAAACAAAUCAAUCUGGUCUAUGAACGAGCCCUCAAGGAAUUGCCCGGCAGCUACAAACUUUGGUACAGUUAUCUUCGAUUUCGUCGAAAACAGGUAGCCGACAAAUGUCCCACUGAUCCAUCGUAUGUGCAUGUUAACAAUGCCUACGAACGGGCGCUCGUUUUUAUGCACAAGAUGCCUCGAAUAUGGAUGGAGUAUGGUGAAUUUUUGAUUCAACAACGAUUUAUUACGCGCACAAGACGAGUGUUUGAUCGAGCUCUGAGGGCAUUGCCGGUCACUCAACAUGAUCGUAUUUGGCCACUGUAUAUCAAAUUUGUCACCAGUCAUGAGAUUCCGGAAACAACCAUUCGAGUAUACAGGAGGUACCUCAAACUGCUGCCAAAGCAUCGUGAGGACUUUGUUGAUUAUCUUCGUAAAAUUGAUCAUCUUGAUGAUGCAGCACAGCAACUUGCUAUCCUCGUAAAUGAUGAUAAACCUUACUCAGAACAUGGUAAAACAACUCAUCAGUUAUGGACAGAGCUGUGUGAAUUGAUAUCAAAAAAUCCAAUUAAAGUUCAUUCAUUGAAUGUUGAUUCAAUAAUACGUCAAGGAAUACGAAGAGCCGAGCAUUUAAUGCACCGUCGACCGUUGCUUCUGAACAGUGUUUUACUGCGACAAAAUCCACAUAAUGCAUACGAAUGGCUCAAUCGUGUGCAAUUAUAUGAUGGCAAUAAACAGAAGGCCCGGCUAAUUUUUGAAAAAGGCCUGCAACCCGAAUACACCAAAGUGGACGAUCUUGCAUCGGUGUGGUGUGAAUACGCCGAAUAUGAAUUGCGACACCGGUACACAUUUUUAAAUUUUUUUUUAGCUACUGAUCCUCAGCCAACUACUUAA